AUGGCGUCUUUGGAGGCGUCAUCUAAGGCUUCGUCUAAAGCUUCGUCCAAAUGUCAUAUCAAAAAUUCACCUAAAGAGUCGCACAAAAGGUCACCGAGGUCAUCAGAAGGUCUACAAAUCGCGGAACCUGAGCCAUAUCCUGAAGCCGUCAAUCGAUAUUCCCCGAAUCGCGAUACCAAAUUACCACAGCUACAAGAUCAGCCAGGCCCUGAUGAAGCAUCAAUACGUACCCGGCAAUCUCAAGAGCGUCUAUCCUUUCGUCCUAGGCCGUAUAGUGAUCAAUCUGGAUAUGGACCCACAGUCGAAGUUCCACCGGAUGUGGUGAAAAAGUUUUUUGCUCACCGACGACGCAAGUUUUUGUUCAUUGUUGUCUUCACACUAUUUAUAGUUGGUACCCUUAUUGGCUCCAGUAUAGGAGGUGCACUAUAUGUGCAAGACAAAGCUGAACAAUCCGCCCCUGGAAGCGAAAAUACCACUGAUGUACAAGAUGAAGGUCCAACAGCAAACUCCACACUCGCACCAGCGGAGCCUCCUACUCAAACCCAACCCUCGGGUGCGGCAUACACAGCGCGACCAUUUGGCGCCAUCCAAUCAAUCAACACAAUAUGUCCAUCCACCCUCCUCAUAUCUAGUCAACUCGAAGGCAGGAAUUCAGACACGAGUGGCCGCUACACCUACAACUGCCUCGACAAUACCAAUAUCCUAGACGAACCCAACCUCAUGGCUUUUACUGCAUACACCCUUGAACAAUGUGUUGACGCUUGCAGCCAAUACAGCGCCAUGGGCAACAAGAACGAAACGUGCAAGGCGGUUGUAAUCAACUCACAGUUUCGCGAACGAUACGAGACGGGACACGGGGCGAACUGCUGGCUGAAGGGCUCGGCGGAUGACGCUAGUACGGGGAAAUCGGGAUACACGGCGGCUGUCUUACGUGAGGGGUGA